AAGAGACGCUGGUUCGUAGCGGAAAGCGAUUGAAUCCGUGAGAGAAAGCAAAGCGACAGUGUCACUGUCAGUGUUCGCCUGCUUUAGAGAUUUUACGCCUCUUUGAAGGAUGGGGAACGACACAGGAAAAGCUUCACAAGUUUUUCUUCUGCUGAGCCUGAUGCUGCUACAAGUGAACUCCAUGCAAACAGUCAACCUGGUGGAUUUAUGUGGGCAGAACAUCAAAGGAGAUGGAAUGAUUGUCAACUCGCACGGUGAAUCUCGCAAGUAUUAUUUUGUGACGGUGAGGACUGACUGCCUUGUCACCAUGCAGGCAGCGAGGCUGAAGGACAAAGUUCAGUUCCACUUCCGAUUCUUCCUGGUCUACAGCCUCCUGAGAGAGUCCUCCAUCCACUAUCCCACCACCGCGUCCGAGAUACUUCAUCACAACACCACAGGAGCCUUCGUCCCACAAAACACCAGCAAGCUGGGGCUGUACUCCCCCUGGGAGGAGACUGGCGACCCAUGCAAUGCUGGAUCCUAUGUGCAAUUUUAUGAUGGGAAAGAUAAGAAUUCGCCUCCCAUUGGCUCUCCGUUAUGUGGAAAAAGUAUCCCCAGACCAAUUUAUUCAACUGGGAGCCAUCUCUCUCUGAGGCUGGUCACCAGAGGCCAGCAGCCAAGAGUAGACUUUGUUGGGGAUUUCACCUCCUACAGAAUAGGUUUCAACUCCUCAGAAUGCCGUGCAGAAUCUUACUUUCAGUGCCAGAACGGAAAAUGUAUCCCCUCGAGUCUGGUCUGCGAUUCCAAAGCGAUCGACAACUGUGAAGAUGGAAGUGAUCAGUCCAGUCUCUCUCCAGCAAACUGCAAAGCUCAUGUCUCCACUUCAGCGACUCAGGCCGGCAGCACCAGCUCGGUGUUGCCAAACAUCUCGACGUCCCCUCCUAACAACCUCACAGCCGUGUGCGAAAUACACAACAAGCAAACACCGGCAGAGCCUGGCACGGCUCCCCGGGCAGAUUCUGUCAGAGACACCUCGUACGUCUCGUGGCUGGUGCUUUACGUGGUGCUGGGAGCGCUCGGCGGGGCUGCGCUCCUCUUCUGGUGCUGCUGGUCACCGGGCUGCUGCAUCUGGAGACUCAGUGUCUGCAGGUUCCUCCCGUGCUGCAACUCCUUCUGUGCCUCCUGCCAACUCUGUACCCGCAGCUGCUCCCAGAAGGACAGUAGGUGCCUGGCCAAGGUCACACCACAAAACACAGUCACUGUUCACAUGUAACUACCACAGAC